UCAUAACAAAGAUAAAAUAAAAAUAAUCAAUAUGGUUAAGUACAGUUAUAGAACGAACAGAGUUUAAAAUAGGUAUGCAACAGUCUAGUAACGUCCAGAUAAUUCUACGUCUUUUUUAAUAUCAUGCAAAAACUGUGCAAGCUUCAGUAUCAUAUUGAAGUCUUUCAAAGGGAGUUGAUAGUUUUUUUGUGCAUAUAUCUUACUCAAAAGAUAUUCAUAUAAUAUUUAUUUUUUAUUAAAAAAAUAUUUCAAAAUGACGAAAAUAAAAAAUUUAACUGCACAUGAAUGGAAAGAGAAGGGCAAUAUAGAAUUCAAUAAAGGAAAUUGGUCGGAAGCUUUAACUUGUUAUACAAGUGCAUUAAAACUUGCAGAUAAAGAUAAUUCUGAAAAAGCUACAUAUUAUAAAAAUCGUGCUGCAACAUAUUUAAAACAAGAAGAAUAUAAUAAAGCAAUUAAAGAUUGUGAUGAAGCUCUUAAAAUAUGUCCAAAUGAUCCAAAAGCAUUAUUUCGUAGAUGUCAAGCAUUAGAAGCAUUAGAAAGAUUUGAAGAAGCAUAUCGUGAUGCAAGAUAUAUUAUUUCUGCUGAUCCCGCUAACAAAACAAUCCAGCCUAUUGCUGCAAGAUUACAUGAGAUUGUACAAGAAAGAUAUAGACAGAAUUCUCGUGUCAGUGCCAAGGUAUCACAAAUGAUGGAUAUAGCUUUUGAAAUGAAAGAAAAUAAUGAAAAACGAGAAACAGCAAUGAAUAAUUUACUUGUUCUUGCUAGAGAGAGAGCAGGAGCAGAAAUAAUGUUUAAUGAUGGAAUCGUUUCUAAAAUAACAAAGAUACUUAAACUUGAAAAAAAUGAAGAAAUAAUAACAAUUGCUAUUCGAAUUAUUACAGAACUAUGUAAAGAUAACAUUAAUAGAACUAAAGAUAUUUUGAAGCAUAUUGGUAUACCUUGGUGUUUAGAAAUGAUUAAUAGUAAAAUUGCAGAAAGAGUAAAUGCUGCUCAAUAUUAUUUACAGACAUUACUAAAUACAUAUAGUGGAAUGAAUAAUAAACCAGAUUCAAAACCAAAUAAAGAAUUAUGUGACAAAUACAACAAAGAGAUAGAUACUAUUUUAUCAUGUUUGCUCUGUAGUGUAACAAGCAGAACAAUUUCUGGAUUAGCUAGGGAUGCAAUUAUAGAACUUAUUAUGCGUAAUAUUCAUUAUACUACAUUAAAUUGGGCAGAACGAUUAGUUGAAUUAAAUGGUUUACAACGUUUAAUGGAAGUUGCAAGUGAACUUGAAGAAUAUAAAUAUGAAUCUUCAAUGGAUAUUACAUCAUCUACCAGAACAGUAACAAGUGUAUGUUUGGCAAGAAUUUAUGAAAAUAUGUAUUAUGAUGCAGCAAAAGAAAAGUUUAAGAAUGCUAUUGAUGAAUAUAUUAAAGAUAAAUUACUUACACCAGAUUUAGAAUCUAAGGUCCGUGUUGUAGUUUCAAUAACAACUUUAUUAUUGGGUCCAUUAGAUGUUGGAAAUUCAGUAAUUGCUAAAGAAGGUAUUUUAGAAAUGAUACUUGUUAUGGCAGGCACAGAUGAUGUAUUGCAACAAAAAGUAGCUUGCGAAUGUAUUAUUGCCGCUGCAUCCAAAAGAGACAAAAGUACCGCAAUUAUUAAUCAAGGCGUGAAUAUAUUAAAAAAGUUAUAUCAAUCUAAAGAUGAUUCUAUCAGAGUACGUGCUUUAGUAGGAUUAUGUAAAUUAGGCAGUUCGGGUGGUACAGAUGCUACAAUAAGACCAUUUGCUGAUGGAGCAACAAAAAAAUUAGCUGAAGCUUGUAGGAGAUUUUUAAUUAAUCCUAAGAAGCAAAAAGAUAUGAGAAAAUGGGCAGUAGAAGGAUUAUCAUAUCUUACUUUUGAUGCUGAAGUCAAAGAAAAAUUAAUUGAAGAUGUUGAAGCAGUUCAAGCCAUGAUAGAACUUGCUAAAACUGGAGACCAAUCUGUAGUUUAUGGUGUUGUUACUACAUUAGUAAAUUUAUGUAAUGCUUAUGAUAAACAAGAACUUAUACCAGAAAUGAUUGAAUUAGCAAAAUUCGCAAAACAUCAUAUACCAGAAGAACAUGAAUUAGAUGAUGUAGAUUUUGUAAAUAAAAGAUUAAAUGCAUUAGCUAAAGCUGGUGUAACAAGUGCAUUAGUUGCACUUUCUAAAACAGAAAGUCAAAAUAGUAAAGAAUUAAUAGCACGUGUAUUUAAUGCACUAUCUAGUCAACAGGAAGUACGAGGAAUUAUUGUUCAACAAGGUGGUGCAAAAGCUCUUUUACCAUUAGCUUUAGAUGGUACAGAUAAAGGAAAGAAACAAGCAUCACAAGCUCUCGCCCGAUUAGGAAUUACAAUAAAUCCAGAAGUUGCAUUUCCUGGACAAAGAAUAAUGGAAGUAGUUCGACCAUUUAUAAAUCUCUUAAAUGCAGAAUGUUCUGCUCUUGAAAAUUUUGAAGCUUUAAUGGCCUUAUGCAACUUAGCUGGAAUUAACGAUAGUAUUAGAAAACGAAUUCUGAAAGAAGGAGGUUUUCAAAAAAUUGAAAUUUAUAUGUAUGAAGAUCAUGAAAUGUUAAAACGUGCAUCUACACAGGUUAUGAAUAAUUUAAUGUUGUGUGAAGAUACUAUUAAGUAUUAUGAACAAGAAAACGAUAGAGUUAAAUAUCUGGUCAUUCUCUGUCAAGACGAAGAUCUAGAUACAAGUAUGGCAGCUGCAGGAGCCUUAGCAAUGUUAACAUCAGUUAGUAUAAAAUCAUGUUUUAAGAUAUUUGAUUCAAAGGAUUGGUUAGAAUCUUUGCAUUAUUUACUUGCUAAUCCAAAUACUGAUUUACAACAUAGAGGAAUUGUAAUUAUUUUAAAUAUGAUAAAAAGUACAAAAGAUGUUGCAGCCAAAGUAAUUGAAACUGAUGUAAUGGAAAUUUUAAUGGCUCUUACAAAAAGCGAUACAGUACAAGACAAAAAAAUAAAAGAAUUAGCAGCUAAAGCAUUAGAAGCUGCAGCAGAAUGGAAACUUAUUAGGGAAUGGAAAAGUGAAAAUGUGGAACAGAUAUCACAAAAUGCAAACAAUUUGGAAAAUGUUGAAUAAAUAUAUGUAUAAUAUGAAUUUAUUUUAGAUCUUUCUAUGUUGUAAACAAAAUGUCUAAAAAUUAUUUAUUUGUUAUAAUACCACGAGUGCCUAAAAAAUGUAAAAUUCAUCUUGUUUAAAAAAUAAUGCAAUAAAACUGCAAGAUAAUUGAA